GUUGCUGAACGUUCGCAGCGAGCACUCGAUUUCUCUCAGUGCCGCAUCGGCCCACGUUGCGUAUGCGUAACGCGCCUCAGUUCGCCCUUAGCGAGUUUUCCUUCGAGCCACUCACAGUUUUUCCACCAAGUGCCGCGAAAAUUCGACCUACGAUGACAAUCACCGGGCGGCUGUAGCUCUGGCCAGCAAAACACCACCAAAUCACGACCAAUAUCGAGCAAAUCGCGUUCGAACGCGCGCAAAGGCCAGCGGUAAUACGCGUUUCCCACUGCCGACGGCAAAACACAAGUGCUAAAAGCUAGUUAUUUUCCCAAACCAAAAACAAAACACAGUGCAAUGAUCGGGCAAAGAUAAGAGUAUAUAUCACACAACAACAAAACACACUCACAUAACAGUGCUAGCAAAGUUCUCUUGAUGAAAAAUCACCUGUCCAACGUUCUGUGUGCGAUGCGUAGUGACUUCAAGGAUAAUCACCAGGAGACCAUCAAUAAAAUGAUACAAUUUGGCACAGUGAAAUAUGGCAUUGUCAAACAGCUGAAGGAUCGCGCUCGCAGCGCCGACAAAGACACCGGUAGCGAUCAGGAGGAGAACGGUGGCUGCUCGCCACUGACCACGGCCACCACUACGGCCAGUCCCAGCCGGAGUCCCGAGCCGGAGGAGGAGCACCACGAGGAGCAGAUGACUCCCGAGCACCAGAACGACAAGAGCUUCGAGGUGAAGCCGGAGAUAGAGUCCGUGGAGGAUAACAAUAACAGGGUGGCGAUGGCCAAGCCGAGUUCCGAGGAGCGGGAGCCGAAUGCCAGCGGCUCCAUGCCGAGCUCCCCCGUGGCGGAGGCCAGUGCCGAGGAGGCGGCCACCGAGAGGUCCUCCGAGAAGGAGAAGGACAUCGAGGUGGAUGUGGAGAUGGCCGACGAGCCGCCGAGCAGUGCAGUGCCCUCCACGGAGGUGGCUCUGCCGGGAGCAGCAGGCGCUCCAGUCACCCUGGAGGCCAUCCAGAACAUGCAAAUGGCCAUUGCCCAAUUUGCGGCCAAGACCAUUGCGAACGGCUCCAAUGGCGCCGACAACGAGGCUGCCAUGAAGCAACUGACCUUCCUGCAGCAAACUCUCUUCAACCUGCAGCAGCAGCAGCUCUUCCAGAUCCAACUGAUCCAGCAGCUCCAGUCGCAGCUGGCCCUCAACCAGGCCAAGCAGGAGGAGGAGCUCGAGGAGGAUCAGGAGCAGGAGCAGGAGCAGGAUGCGGAGCAGGAGACCGACACCUACGAGGAGGAGGAGCGCAUUGCCGACAUGGAGCUGCGCCAGAAGGCGGAGGCCAGGAUGGCCGAGGCCAAGGCGCGUCAGCAUCUGAUAAAUGCGGGUGUCCCGCUGCGAGAGUCCUCUGGCUCCCCGGCGGAGUCGCUUAAGAGAAGGCGGGAGCAGGAUCACGAGUCCCAGCCAAAUCGUAGACCGAGUUUGGACCACACUCGCAAGGAGGACGCGGCCCGGGAUGCGCUGGCCAAGCUGAAGGAAAUGGAGAACACACCGCUGCCCUUUGGCUCGGAUCUGGCCUCCAGCAUCAUCACCCACCACGACGAUCUGCCGGAGCCGAACUCCCUGGAUCUCCUGCAGAAGCGUGCCCAGGAGGUGCUGGACUCGGCCUCGCAGGGCAUCCUGGCCAACAGCAUGGCCGAUGACUUUGCCUUCGGUGAGAAGUCGGGUGAGGGAAAGGGUCGCAAUGAGCCCUUCUUUAAGCACCGCUGCCGGUACUGCGGGAAGGUCUUCGGCUCGGACUCGGCGCUCCAGAUCCACAUCAGAUCGCAUACCGGAGAAAGACCCUUCAAGUGCAACGUGUGCGGCAGUCGCUUCACCACCAAGGGCAACCUCAAGGUCCACUUCCAGCGACACGCCCAAAAGUUCCCCCACGUGCCCAUGAAUGCCACGCCCAUUCCCGAGCACAUGGACAAGUUCCAUCCACCCCUGCUGGACCAAAUGUCGCCCACGGACAGCUCGCCCACCCACUCGCCUGCCCCACCCCCGCUGGGUUCUGCCCCCGCCUCCUUUCCGCCCGCCUUUCCCGGCCUCCAGAAUCUCUACCGGCCACCCAUGGAGAUCCUCAAGAGCCUGGGAGCCGCUGCCCCGCACCAGUUCUUCCCACAAGACUUGCCCACGGAUCUGAGGAAGCCCUCGCCGCACUUAGACGACGAGGAGGAGCCGCAUGUAAAGAACGAACCCAUGGAGGAGAAGGAUCAGCGGGAGCAGCAGCAGGAGCAGGAGAAUGCCGAGUGCUCCGAGCCCGAGCCAGAACCCCUGCCACUGGAGGUUCGCAUCAAGGAGGAGCGCGUGGAGGAGGAACAGGAGGAGCCGGUGAAGGAGGAAGAUCAUCGAACGGAGUCACGGAGGACACCUUCUCCGUCGGCAGAUCACCGCUCCCCGCAUCACCACCACCAUCAGCAGCACCACCACCACCACCGCCACAGCCACCUGGGCUAUCCACCGGUGGUGCAGCCCAUCCAACCGGCCGCCCUGAUGCACCCGCAGCCCUCGCCGGGCUCCCAAUCCCACCUGGACCACCUGCCCACGCCGGGACAGUUGCCGCCUCGCGAAGAUUUCUUCGCCGAGCGUUUCCCCCUCAACUUCACCACCGCCAAGACGCUUUCCCCCGAGCACCAUUCACCCGUGAGAUCGCCCGCCGGAGGAGCCCUUCCGCCGGGAGUGCCGCCACCACCGCACCACCACCCGCACCACAUGGCCAGAUCGCCGUUCUUCAAUCCCAUCAAGCAUGAGAUGGCCGCCCUACUGCCACGCCCCCACAGCAACGACAACUCGUGGGAGAACUUCAUCGAGGUCUCGAACACCUGCGAGACCAUGAAGCUGAAGGAGCUGAUGAAGAACAAGAAGAUCAGCGACCCCAACCAGUGCGUGGUCUGCGACCGGGUGCUGUCCUGCAAGAGUGCCCUCCAGAUGCACUACCGCACCCACACCGGCGAGCGUCCCUUCAAGUGCCGCAUCUGCGGCCGGGCCUUCACCACCAAGGGCAACCUGAAGACUCACAUGGCGGUGCACAAGAUCCGCCCGCCGAUGCGGAACUUCCACCAGUGCCCCGUCUGCCACAAGAAGUACUCGAAUGCCCUGGUCCUGCAGCAGCACAUCCGGCUGCACACGGGUGAGCCCACGGAUCUCACGCCGGAGCAAAUCCAGGCUGCCGAGAUCAGGGAUCCGCCGCCCUCGAUGAUGCCGGGUCACUUUAUGAAUCCCUUCGCGGCGGCGGCCUUCCAUUUCGGAGCCUUACCUGGCGGACCAGGUGGUCCUCCGGGCCCCAAUCAUGGGGCCCACAACGGCGCCCUUGGUUCGGAGUCCUCGCAGGGCGAUCUGGACGACAACAUGGACUGCGGGGAGGACUACGACGAUGAUGUUUCCUCGGAGCACCUCUCGAACAGCAACCUCGAGCAGGAGGGCGACAGACCCCGCUCCGGCGAUGACUUCAAGUCGCUGUUGUUCGAGCAAAAGCUGAGGAUCGAUGCCACCGGAGUGGUCAACACGAAUCCCGUGCGACCGCGUUCCUCGGCCUCGAGCCAUGGCCACUCGGUGGGCUCAACCUCAGCGCCCACCUCGCCUACCCAGGGGCAUCCAUCGUCCCAGGUGCCGAAGGCCAGUUUAUCGCCGGCUCGAUCGGAGGCUUCGCAGGGAGCUUUGGACCUGACACCACGAGCUGCUCCCACCUCGAGUUCCAGUUCGCGAUCGCCGCUGCUCAAGGAGAAGCCCGUGAGUCCGCCGAGCUUGCCCCGGAGUCCCAGUGGUCACAGUGGUCACGCCUCCGCCUCCCUGCUCACCUCCCCCCUGCCGCCCACCGUGGGCAUCGAUUGCCUGCCCCCCGGACUGCAGCAUCACCUGCAGCAGCAGCACCAGCACCUGAUGCAACAACAGGCGGCAGUGGCGGCGGCAGCGGCGGCCCAGCACCACCAUCACCAGCAGAUGGCCGCCCUGCACCAGCACCAGGAGCAACUGCGUCGCGAGGCAGCGGAGGCACAGCAGAAGGCCGCAGCAGCUGCAGCAGCAGCGGCCGCAGCAGCCGCCGCCCAGCGCCAAACGCCGCCGCAGCCGAAUCAGCGACAGGAGGGCGGACCGGGAGCGGGACCGCCAGGACCCAAUCCGCUGAUGGGCGCCCGCCCGCCCUUCGGCAUGUUCCCCAACCUGCCGCUCUUCCCGCCCGCCACCACCCAGAACAUGUGCAAUGCCAUGAACCAGAUCGCCCAGUCCGUGAUGCCCGCCGCACCGUUCAACCCACUGGCGCUGAGCGGGGUGCGCGGCAGCACCACCUGCGGCAUCUGCUACAAGACAUUCCCCUGCCACUCGGCGCUGGAGAUCCACUACAGGAGCCACACCAAGGAGCGGCCCUUCAAGUGCAACAUCUGCGACCGCGGCUUCACCACCAAGGGCAACCUGAAGCAACACAUGCUAACUCAUAAAAUCCGCGACAUGGAGCAAGAAACCUUCAGAAAUCGUGCCGUAAAGUAUAUGAAUGAGUGGAGCGACGAUCGCGAAUAAGUAAACACUCUGCACUAUCACGAUCUAGAUCAAGAUCGCCAAUUCGUCGAUCAAGAUCACUUGGCUCCCAGAAAAAGUUUGGUGAUCGCAGCCCAAAUGCCCAGUCAAGAUGCAAUCGAUUCUCGCAACCAAAUGAUCUCAAGAUUUAGAGCGAAAUGAGGGGAGAUGGGAAGGGGCCGACUCUGGUGGAGAUCAGUCGUGUACACAAAUCUUUAUAUUUAUAAAUUGUUGCCCACAAAAAUAUUAUUUGAUUGUUGUUCCAAGUGAAAAGUGAAAAAGUUCCCCACUGCAAACGGGCUGAUCCACGUGCGAUUAUGUUCCAGCUCCGAGCACUUUCAUAAACAAUUUUUUAUGAUCCGACGGAGAAUUUCGUACACCCAUACUUGGGAGGGAUCAUGAAACGUAUCCAAAGAUGCAUCAAAAGCGAUUUGCGUUCCAGCUAAACAGAGAGAAAGAUCUGGGGAUGGGACCAAAGGCAGCUUGGUAUGGAGAGACUGAUAGCGUUUCAUGGUCCACAAAACUAAAAACGGAAUCCAAAUGCGAUUCCGAACCCGAAUCCGAGGCAGCUGAUGAGACAGUGAAGGCGUAGUAAAAUCAAAAUUCGAAUUUAAAGCAAAUCUUAAGGUAUAUGCUAAUAUUAAAAUAAUAGGUACCUAAGCGAGACAUGUGUACAUACGUAUAUAUAUAUGAUAUAUUAUAACCAGACCCCUCACAGACACACGCAUACGCAUACAUGUUAAAAAUCUAUUUGGAAUGUGCAAUAAUAUGACAUGCUAUAAAUUUA